AUGAGCCUCAUCUACCCUGCAGGUGGCGCUGUUGCCGCAUUGGGGGUUGUUGGCCUUUAUAUGCUCUUCAAUGGCGAGGGCGAACAAUUCAACGUCGGGCAAUUCCUCGAGACAGUGUCUCCAUACGUAUGGGCAGAUCUCGGUAUCGGUCUUUGUAUAGGUCUAUCGGUCGUGGGUGCCGCAUGGGGCAUCUUCAUCACCGGCACAUCUAUCCUCGGCGGCGGCGUAAAAGCUCCACGGAUACGAACGAAGAAUCUCAUCUCGAUCAUCUUUUGCGAAGUCGUGGCGAUCUACGGCGUCAUCAUGUCCAUCGUCUUUUCCUCCAAAAUCAAUAUGGUACCUGAAGAAUCACUAUACACGGGACCGAAUUACUAUACAGGCUACGCCUUGUUCUGGGCGGGAGUGACGGUGGGGAUGUGUAACUUGAUCUGUGGCGUGAGCGUUGGGAUCAACGGGAGCAGUGCAGCUCUUGCUGACGCGGCGGAUGCGACUAUGUUCGUCAAGGUGUUGGUGAUUGAGAUCUUUUCGAGUGUGUUGGGGUUGUUUGGGUUGAUUAUUGGGUUGUUGGUGAGUUCAAAGGCCGCCGAGUUCGAGUGA